AUGUCGAAACGAAAACACAUGUUCUUCCCCGGCAGUCUGAAUGCCACAUGGCGCACCGACUCCAAGAGAACCAAGACCUACAGGAUGUACGGAGCAAUUUCGCUAUUAUGGUCGCUCUCAGCUAAUCACGAACAUGGCAAUGAACGCUCGUCACUGAUUGGUUCAUUUGGAGCAGUGAUGGCACGUGCUGAAAUUGUGGCCUUCCGAGACGAAGGUCGACAUGGACGAACUAAAGAUUAUCUCAAAGGUUCAUUCACUUUAUCUUCUUAUCCCAUAUCGAUGAGGCUCGUAAAGCCGACGAAAAAAUACAAAAACGCGCACCUGUACAGUUUCACGCAGUAUAAACGUGGUCACGUGUUUCGACUCUCUUCUGAUUUCGCUCACGCCUACAGCGGUCAUUUCGCGAGCCUCAUGUGCUAA